AUGUGCACCUGCUCGCACACCACCCUGCCGCCCCCUGCACCAGGCACGCGGAGCAAGGUGGAGCUGCCCAAAUCUUUCGAUCCUGUGGCCAGCGAGGAGAAGAUCUACUCAUGGUGGGAGAGCUCGGGCCACUUUGAGCCAGCCGCCCCGACCCCCGGCGAGGCGCCCUUCACUAUGGCCAUGCCCCCUCCCAACGUGACCGGCAAGCUUCACAUGGGCCACGCCAUGUUUGUCACGCUGCAGGACGUCCUGGCGCGGUACAACCGCCUGAGGGGCCGCCCCGUCCUGUGGCUGCCGGGGACAGACCACGCCGGCAUCGCCACGCAGAAGCAACUGGCGGCGGAGGGGCUGACGCGGGAGGGGCUGGGUCGUGCCGAGUUUGAGCGGCGCGUCUGGGCCUGGAAGGCGGCCUGUGGCGGCGACAUCACGCGCCAGCUUCGGCGCCUGGGCGCGUCCUGUGACUGGGGCCGCGAGCGUUUCACCCUGGACGAGGGCCUGAGCGAGGCGGUGGUGGAGGCCUUUGCCCGGCUGCACGAGCGCGGCCUGGUCUACCGCGGCGCCUACAUGGUCAAUUGGUCACCGGGCCUUCGCACCGCCGUCAGCGACCUGGAGGUGGAGUACGCCGAGGAGGCAGGGACGCUGUACUACUUCAAGUACCCUUUGGCAGGCGGUGCAGAGGGCGAGUACCUGCCCAUCGCCACCACCCGUCCCGAGACCAUCCUGGGGGACACUGCUGUGGCGGUGCAUCCCAAGGACGAGCGGUACCGCCACCUCAUCGGCAGGCAGGCCCAGGUGCCGCUCACUGACCGCCGCAUCCCCAUCAUCGCCGACGAGUAUGUCGACCCGGAGUUUGGCACCGGGGCCCUGAAGAUCACGCCAGGGCAUGACGUGAACGAUUAUGAGAUUGGCAAGCGCCACAAGCUGGCCAUCAUCAACAUCAUGGACGACGAUGGGCGCCUGAACGCCGCCGCAGGCGCGUUUGCCGGCGUGGACCGCUUUGAGGCCCGCACCCAAGUCUGGCAGGGGCUGGAGGCUGCCGGGCUGGCGCUGAGGACGGAGGCGCACACCUCCCGGGUCCCCCGCGCCCAGCGAGGCGGCGAGGUCGUGGAGCCGCUGGUCCGGGAGCAGUGGUUUAUCAAGAUGGAGGGCCUCGCUGGACCUGCUCUAAAGGCCCUGGACGAGGGGAAGCUGAGCAUCGUGCCGGAGCGCUUUGAGAGAGUGUACCGGCACUGGCUGUCCAAUAUCAAGGACUGGUGCAUCUCCAGGCAGCUGUGGUGGGGCCACCGCCUCCCCGUCUGGUACGUGUAUGAGAGCGAGGAGGCGGCGGCGGAGGGCCCCCUGCCAGGUCAGCGCUACGUCGUGGCGCGCUGCCCGGACGUGGCUGCCCUGCUGGCGGAGGAGGAGUAUGGAAAGAGCGCCGUGCUGCGCCAGGAGGGCGACGUGCUGGACACCUGGUUCUCCUCGGGCCUGUGGCCCUUCUCCACCCUGGGCUGGCCGCACCGAGACGCGGCCGACCUCAAGCGCUUCUACCCGACUUCCGUGCUGGAGACGGGGCACGACAUCCUCUUCUUCUGGGUGGCGCGCAUGGUGAUGAUGGGGCUGGAGCUGACGGGCAAGGUCCCCUUCCACACCAUCUACCUGCACGGACUGGUGCGUGACGAGGUCGGGCGCAAGAUGAGCAAGUCGCUCGGCAACGUGGUGGACCCAGUGGAGACCUGCGAGAAGUACGGGGCCGACGCGCUGCGCUUCACGCUUUGCACCGGCACGGCCCCUGGCCAGGACGUCAAUCUGUCCUUGGACCGGGUCAACCACGCCCGAAACUUCACCAACAAGCUGUGGAACGCGGGCAAGUUUGUGUCGGACAAGGAGUGGGCCGCGCUCGCUGAGGUGAACUUUGCCGACCCAGCCUCCCGCGCGGAGCUGGGCCUGGCGGAGCGCUGGGUGCUGCUGGCCCUGGACGACACCGCCGCUGCCAUGACGGCCGCCCUGGAGAGGUAUGACUUUGGAGAGGCGGGCCGGCUCCUGUACGAGUUUGUGUGGAGCGAGUUUGCCGACUGGUAUGUCGAGAUCGCCAAGACGAGGCUGUACAGCUCCGAUGCCAGCCUGGCUGCCAAGACUCGGGAGGUGCUGGUGUACGCCUACACCUCCUUGCUCAGCCUGGCGCACCCCUUCACCCCCUUCAUCACCGAGGAGCUCUGGUCCGCCUUCCCACCCGCAAUCCACUCGCCCGCGCUGAUCGUGGGCCGGUGGCCCGAGACCUCCGGCUACGACCGCGACGAUCUCGCCGCAGCGCAGUUUGCCGCUCUCCAGGCCGCGGUACGAGCGGUACGGAACUCUCGCGCGGAGUAUGGCGUGGAGCCCGGCCGGCGAAUCCCCGCCACCGUGCGCGCCGGGGACCCGGCGCUGCGCGCCGCCCUGCAGCAGGAAAGUGCGGCCAUCGCCCUGCUGGCCCGGCUAGACCCCGGCCAGCUGGAGUUCCGCGAUUUUGAGGGGCCCUGCAACUCCUCAGACCACGUCCAGCUGGUGGUGUCGGAUGGCGUCGAGGUGGACCUCCCCAUGGCAGGCCUGUUUGACGUGGACAAGGAGCUGGCCCGACUGCGGAAGCAGCAGGAGCGACUGGAGAAGGAAAGGGCGGCCCUGGAGGCACGACUGGCCCGCCCCGGCUUCGCCGACAAGGCCCCCACGGCCGUGGUGGCGGAGGUGCGCGGUGCGCUGGCGGAAGCCGGCCAGCAGCUGGCGGCCGUGCAGGCCAAGAUCCAGGCCCUGGAAUUGCAGCGGGGCUGA